CAUGGCGGGCAGUGUCAUUUUGGGAACGUCGUGAAUAUAACGUGAAAUGAUGAAUUUUGUUAUUUUAGAAUAUGGGUGAAUAUGUGCAAUAAUUUACUAAACAUUGUUGUGGAAAGUGUUGUGUUUUAAAUAUAUUUGUGUAAUUUGAGUGUGAAAAUGGCCUCGGAUAAGAUUAAAGUAGCAGUGCGGGUUCGUCCCUUUAACAGGCGAGAGCUCGAAUUAGGGACACAAUGUGUGGUGGAAAUGGAGGGGCAGCAGACUGUCCUACAGUACCCGCAGUCUGCACACGACAAAGAAAGGAAACAACCAAAGACGUUCGCGUUCGACCACUGUUUCUUCUCCUUAGAACCCACGCUGCCCCACUUCGCCUCACAAAAGACUGUAUUCGAAUGUCUCGGUCGAGACAUCCUCGACAACGCCUUCGAAGGAUACAAUGCUUGUAUCUUCGCCUAUGGACAGACAGGUUCCGGGAAGUCCUACACAAUGAUGGGCGCGCCGGGCCCUGACGAAUGCGGUAUCAUCCCGCGGCUGUGCGACGCGCUCUUCGAGAGGAUCGCCCGACAACAAUCACCUCCGGCUCUUACUUAUAAGGUGGAAGUAUCAUACAUGGAGAUCUACAACGAGCGUGUCCACGACCUGCUCGAUCCGGAGACGACACGACGGUCGUUGCGUGUGCGGGAACACGCCGUACUGGGGCCGUAUGUAGACGGCCUCUCACAACUGGCAGUCUCGUCAUUUCAGGACAUCGACAACCUAAUGACAGAAGGCAACAAGUCCCGAACGGUCGCAGCCACGAACAUGAACAGCGAGUCAUCGCGAUCACACGCAGUUUUCAGCGUGGUACUAACGCAGACGCUGACCGACAUAGCCACUGGGGUGACGGGGGAAAAGGCGGCCAGGUUGUCCCUUGUCGACUUGGCCGGCUCCGAGAGAGCUGUGAAGACUGGAGCCGUGGGAGACCGGUUGAAAGAGGGGUCGAAUAUUAAUAAAUCCCUAACAACGUUGGGUCUCGUCAUAUCAAAGCUAGCGGACCAGUCUUCAGGGAAAAACAACAAGGACAAGUUCGUCCCCUACAGAGAUUCUGUGCUCACGUGGCUCCUCAAGGACAACCUUGGGGGAAACAGUAAAACUGUUAUGGUUGCCACAAUAUCCCCAGCGGCGGAUAACUACGAGGAGACGUUGUCCACGCUGCGGUACGCGGACCGCGCCAAGCGCAUCGUGAACCACGCCGUCGUCAACGAGGACCCCAACGCGAGGAUCAUUCGCGAGCUGCGCCAGGAGGUCGAGGCGCUCAAGGAGAUGCUCAAACACGCUACGGGAUCUCCUGUGGGCGAAGAUGUGCACGAGCAAUUGGCACAAAGUGAGCACCUGAUGAAAGAAAUGUCCCGAACAUGGGAAGAAAAACUCGUCGAAACUGGUCGAAUACAAAGUGAAAGGCAGCACGCUCUAGAAAAAAUGGGAAUUAGUGUACAAGCGAGCGGUAUCAAAGUUGAGAAGAAUAAAUAUUACCUAGUGAAUUUGAAUGCAGAUCCGUCGUUGAAUGAAUUGUUGGUGUAUUAUCUAAAGGACAGAACGCUAGUAGGUGCCGACAGCGAGGCGGAUAUCCAGCUGUCGGGGCUAGGCAUCCAGCCCCAGCACUGCAUGCUAGUAGUGGAGGGGGUCAGUCUACACAUGGAGCCAGUGAGCGGCGCCAGGUGCUUCGUGAACGGCACGCCCGUAGUGUCGAGAGUGCGGCUGGGGCACGCGGACAGGAUACUGUGGGGGAACCAUCACUUCUUCAGGGUCAACUGUCCUAAAGAAACCACAGCGGCCGCGUCGGAGCCUCAGACGCCGGCGCAGCCGAUCGACUACAACUUCGCGCGCGACGAGAUCAUGCUCAACGAGCUCAGCAACGACCCCAUCCAGACCGCCAUCUCGCGCCUCGAGCGACAGCACGAGGAGGACAAGCAAGUGGCCUUAGAGAAGCAGAGACAGGAGUACGAGCGUCAGUUCCAGCAGCUCCGCAACAUCCUGUCACCGUCCACGCCCUACCCGCCGUACUCCUACGACCCGCUCAAAUUAGGUAAAAUGACAGCGUGCACGCCAACUACGGCGGCACGCGUGGAACGAUGGGCGGCCGAGAGAGAUGACACCUUCAAGAGAUCGCUGGGGCGGCUAAAGGCGGACAUACUGCGGGCCAAUGCGUUGGUGCAGGAAGCCAACUUUCUUGCGGAGGAGAUGAGAAGAAACACGCGGUUUAGUGUGACGUUGCAGAUACCACCACAAAAUCUCAGCCCUAAUAGAAAGCGUGGCGCGUUUGUAUCUGAGCCGGCGAUAAUGGUUAAACGUCCGACGCGAGGCGCUCAAGUAUGGUCAAUGGAGAAGUUGGAGAACAAGUUAGUGGACAUGCGUGACAUGUACGACGAGUGGCGCCGCCGGCAACAACGCGACGACGUCAUAGAAAACGGCGUGGUACCAAUCGAUCCUGAAUCACCAACGGAACCCGUCGACAAAGUUCUGGAUCCAUUUUACGAGACGCAAGAGAACCACAACCUGAUCGGCGUAGCGAACAUAUUCCUGGAGGCGCUGUUUCAUGACGUCACACUCGACUACCACACGCCUAUUAUAAGUCAGCAGGGAGAAGUGGCUGGGAGGUUACAGGUGGAAAUAAGCCGAGUGAAUGGCCAAUUCCCGCAAGACAGAAUAUGUGAAGCGGGUUCGGACAGUUCGGGCGACAUGCGCGAUGACGAGGAUGCUGUCGAUCCGGCCACACAACAAGUAACAAUCCGCGUGGUGAUCAAACAAGCGAGUGGGCUACCUCCGUCCCUUUCCAACUUCGUAUUCUGCCAGUACACGCUGUGGAGUGGCGGCGAGCCAGUGGUGGUGGCGCCACAUGUGAGCGCGGACACGCCGCCAGCUCCCGUCUCCCCCGCGACCAUCCCCUCACCCGCCUCUCCGCGACACCAGCUCAUGACCUUCAGAUUCGACCACAAGAAGGACUUCACCAUACCGUUGACUGAGGAGUUUAUUGAGCAUUGUGCUGAGGGUGCGUUAUCAAUCGAGGUGUGGGGCCACAGGUCGGCGGGCUUCAGUCGCACGUGCGGCAACUGGGAGGUGGAGCAGCAGCAACUAGCAAAAGCGAGAUCACUGGCCGACCGCUGGGCUGAGCUCACGCGCAAGAUCGAGCUCUGGGUUGAGAUCCACGAACUCAACGAGCAGGGGGAGUACGCGCCUGUCGAGGUGACGCCACGGAGUGACAUCGUAACGGGUGGUGUGUAUCAAGUCCGGCAAGGGCAGCAGAGGCGCGUGGGAGUGAGAGUUCGACCGGCAGCCAACUCCGGCACGCUGCCUAUCAUCUGUCAGCAUAUCGUGAGCGUGGAACUAGGAUCUGUUACGGUCAGAUCGCGCCUACAAAAGCCGUUGGACUCGUACCAGGAAGAGGACUUAGCGGUGCUGCGGGAGCGCUGGAGCGACGCGCUCGCUCGCCGCAGGCAACACUUACACGCUCAAUUACAGAAACUAGUCAACAUGUCACCGUCAAUGAAAAGCGAGCGAGAUUCGGAGCGGGAGCAGUCGCUCGUGGAACAGUGGGUCUCGCUUACUGAAGAGAGGAAUGCGGUGCUGGUUCCUAGUCCAGGCAGCCCAAUCCCGGGUGCGCCCGCCGCGUGGAACCCGCCUCCGGGGAUGGAGCAACACAUUCCUGUGCUUUUCCUGGAUCUUAACGCGGACGACCUCACAACACACUCAUCGGGCGAGGAGGUAACAGUGGCGGGUCUCCACUCCAUACUUCCCAAAGAGCACGGCCAUAAGUUCUACGAGCUAACCAUACUGCAUCACCACGACAAGGAUGUAUCGGCGGUCGCUUCCUGGGACUCCUCCAUACACGACUCGCAGUACCUCAACCGCGUUACUGAAGCGAAUGAACGCGUGUACCUGAUACUGAAAACGACGGUGCGACUGUCCCACCCGGCGCCCAUGGACCUCAUCUUACGGAAACGACUCGCGCUGAACAUCUACAAGCGACAGAGCCUUACAGACAGGAUACGCAAGAGGAUUGUCAGAAGCGACCAGUUAUCAGCGACGGGCGUGACAUACGAAGUGGUGUCGAACAUUCCGAAAGCAUCCGAGGAAUUAGAGGAGCGAGAGAGUUUGGCGCAAAUCGCCGCCACCGGGGAAGAUUCCAGUGCGGCUGACGGGGAAACAUAUAUUGAAAAAUACACCCGUGGCGUAAGCGCAGUAGAAAGUAUACUCACACUGGAUCGCUUGCGUCAAAGCGUUGCUGUGAAGGAAUUGGAGCAGGCUCGCGGACAACCAAUCACCAUGAGGAAAACCGCCUCCGUACCCAAUUUCUCACAGGGAACUUUCUCACGACGCGAUGCGUUACAAACUUUAUGCAACGCAACGCAAUACGUUGUACGUUUCGUAUCAACAUUGCAAGGUGCGGAAUUGUCGGAUUCGGUGAAAGUCGACCAAGAAAGCGUUGCAUCGCGUAGCGUGAUCAUGCGCCUGGAUUCGUCAUUCGAGUCGCUGUCUGGACUGGGCGGCGGCCGCUCGGGCAGCGUCGCCGACCUCGCGGAUGAGACGCCGCGCCGCAACGUACACCGGCACUCGUACGCUGCGCCCGCGCAUACUGACUCCGAUAUAACCACGCCUACUAAACCGUUCGGCCUGGCUCGGCCAACGUUCCUUAACUUGAAUUUGAACCUGAACUCACUGCGACUGCAGACACCAAACAAGUCAUCCCCAGCGAGUGCCAAGUUGGGGCUGCGUAUGACGACGCUGCACGAGGAGCCGGGCCGCAGGAACGACGACGACUCGCACUCCGAGCCCGACGCGCCGCCCGCGGACGAGCUCACCACGCCGCGAUCACACGUAUGUCAAACUAAUAACCGCACGCGGUCCAGAGCAUCCUCCCGCGGAUUCCUGCCGACUUCGAAGACGUUAGACUCUCUUCACGAGCUUGCUUGCGAACGAGUACCCAACAAAAAUUCUCCUUCAAUAUCCUCGAGCGGUUAUGGCUCACAAGCAGUGUCAUCGACAAACCUAACAAACGACGACACACUCUCAAUAAGGAGUAUGUCAGUCGACGACACACCUGAUUUCGACAAGACAAUGGACUACUCACACCUCAGUCGGACGAAAACCUCCAUGGCGGGACUCAGGAACGAAAUCACGGAACUAAGGAACGACAUAACUGAAUUAAAGAACGAAAUCGUCGAAUCAAAGAACGAGCUAGAGGAAACAUCAUUCGAAAUUCCGAAAGCGAAGACCCCAGUUCUAACUCCCGGUUCGAGAAAUCGUAUCAAUCCAUUCUUAAGGGAUUGUGAGGACGUUCCUAAAAGCGAUCAACUGGUAGAUCCUUUGGGGGCGCUACCGGUUGAGAGCACGGUAUUAUCUAGUCAGUUACACAAAACCGAGCCUGUACAAGUCAACGGGGAGGCGAGUCACGAAACGUCGUUUGGUGAAGCAGAAGUAGAAUCAGUAAGUUCCGAACAGUCAAGCCAUGAAGGCCGAAGUCGUGAAGCGUCUUCAGUGGGAGAAAGUGACUCCCCCGGGACUGAUCCAGUCGUUAACACGUCGUUACCCGCUGGAAAGGUGGUGCGUCGUCGCGCGGGCGCGUCAGCACGCAACGCGGCGCGCCAGUCGUACCCCUCUGCGCGCCCCAAGUCCGCGCACGAGCCAAUGCACGCACACGUGCGCGCGCUACGAGACACACCCGCUUCCUCCACUGAACGGAUCGGUGAUGAAGAAUGUUCGGAGAGCGGGCGCGUCCACACAGUGCCGGAGUGGGUGACGCUGGGCGAGAGCGUGCAGCUUCGGCUUAGCAGCAGUACAGGCGUGGUGGCGUAUAUUGGCCCCACACACUUUGCGCCCGGCCUGUGGGUCGGGGUCGAACUGGACGCCCCUACUGGCAAGAACGAUGGGUCGGUGGGCGGCGCGCGCUACUUCAACUGCCGCGCGCGGCACGGCAUCUUCGUGCGCGCCGACAAGCUCGUGCACGACCGCCGCGGCCGCUCCGCGCGCGCCUUCCGCGACAGCGAGCUCAAGCGUGCCACCAGCAAGGGUGAAGGCCUUCACAACCUGCACCGGUCGCGGAGUCGCGGCGACAGUAUAAACGCCGUGGGCGCCAAGCCUCGCGCCAAGUAGACUCCGCUCGUCCGCUCACUGUUACGUCCACGUCCGUUUCUGUUGCACUCUUGUAACGCGUAUGGUGCUUUACGCCUACUGCAGAUAUGUGCGGAAUUCCGGCUGAAAACCAAAACGACAUAUACAGCUUUUUUAAAAUUCUGACCAAAAUAUUGUUGCUAAAUCGAUAAAAUUAUGUCUAUACUAGAACUCUAUCCACGGAAAGAAGUUAGUAUCAAUAAUCAGUUAGUAAAAUUGCAAGGCCUGCCUACUGAUUCGCAAACUCAGUGUCUAACACUGAAUGGUAGCCACCAAGCUCAUUUGACAUUUACAUAUUUUUAAUCCAUUGAAGGUUUUCUACAAAAAAUAUUUUGAUAUCACUCAGUGAAGCAGCAAUUUAGAACCAACCAAAGCCAAAUGAGCUCGGUGGCUAUCAUUCAGUGUUAGACACUGAGUUAGCGAAUCACCCCGCAGAUAAGAUAAUACAUUUUAAGAAGUUUGGUCGGAAUUUAGCACCUGUUUGUAGAGGUUUAACUCUUAUAUUUUACUGUAGUCACACCUUUUCGCUCAUAUCGACGCCAGUUUUGUUGUUUCCAAGAUCAAUAUUAAACAUUUAGUUCUUUCAAUUUCAUUAAAAGUUUUGUGUACAACAGAAUUGGUAACAAUUUUAAAGCAAUAAUUUUUAACUAUACAGGAUGUAAAUUAAAUAUUCCUUUCAGCAAAAAAAAUGUUGGAUAUUCAAGGAUAUACAUAAUAUUACGCUUUAUAGAAAAAUUUACUCAUAAGACUGCGAAAUAUGCAUUCCAUAUAUCAACUUUUUAAAAUUGCCCACUAACAGUAACUAAUAUUUAUAUUUUUAAUACAUAUCAAAACUUAUGAAACUUAUAUAACUUGCCGGUUCACACAAUUUUUAGAGUUACAAUAAAUAAAUUAGUAUUAUUUUUGAUAUGUAUCAAAAAAAUAUUUUAGAAUUACCUUUACGUGAAGGUACCUACUUAAAUACUUGUUUUUGAACCACAAAUAAAAAAUGCAAAAAAAAAAAUGAUAAUAAUUAAAUUGAAAAUCGUUAUUGAUUUAACAUCCUGUAUAGUUUAACAUCGUUUUACACGUUGUAAGUGAUGAUGUUUAGGAAACCAUUCUCCCUCGCCUUUAUUGACCAGUUCAAUGAAACGUCGAUGGGAAAGUUUCCGUACGAUGUAGAAGUAUUUUGACGACGCGGCGUUGAGACAACGUAAAUGAUUAUAUUUAUCUAUUUUAUUACUUGUUUUGCACGAAAACAUUUUCGUUUGAGAAUAACCAGGUUUUUCUAAUACCUUAUUAUCUGUGUUUUGAAUUGUAUUUUCAUCUGCAUGCACUUUUGUAUACGGCAACUACUGCAAUUCAUAACAUGUUUUACUCCAAAAUGACAUUUUUGUAUGAAAUGACAGACUUUUCAGCGAUAACCGCUAAAAGUUAGAAAUGCUAGAGUUGCUUUGCAAUUAUAUUUAGACUAAUUAUAUCUUCACAUACAUGUGUCAUGCAAAUUCACAAAUACACGGUUCAAUUUACUUGAUCAGCCUCGACUACUAUUUCAAUUAGUAGUUUUACGAUAUUUGGCUUUUUGAUGACUAUCCAAAUAAAAUCCAAAGUAAAUGUUUUCGAGCAAGACUUUAAACAUAAUUUUAAUUUAAUUUCAUUCAUUGACUUGAACUUGUAAAUAGAUUGAUUCGAUUAUUGUGAUUUUAAUUUUGUUAUUUUUCAAUUGUAAAUAUGUGAAUCUUUGUAUGUUUUAUGUCGAUAAUAAUUUAAUGAGUACUAAUAAUGUUUUAGAGAAAAAACCAAUGAAUUCUUUGUGAUCGGUAAGAAUCGCGUGGAUUAUUUGUAUAGUAAUUUUUUUACUGUAUAGUUUGUGGUGUAGACGUUAUACGCGUUAAUUAUUUAUGUAUUUAGCUCAUUCACUAUGCUUGUUAUUCUUCUAAUUCUUGUAAUACGUUCGUAUUACGUAUCGAUGUGGUACAUUUGCAGCAACGAAACGUUUUGUCUAUUGUUCGGUAUUGGGGUUAAGACAUAUUGCUGUAGACCUUUCAAGCCUGGGGGCAUGGAUUGCUUCCCAAAUUUUUUUAAGUUACUGGCUUAAAAACUUGCCCAGCAUACGUUGCAAUACCACUUUGUAUUAACGAUUCACAUGCCACCUAUUGUAUGUUGAUGUUACUAUGUUAGAAACUUUCCCGCAAGUCCUGACAAGGACUAUAAUUAUAGAGUUUCAUCUCAAUUGGAAUUAUAUAGGAAUGCAUACGGGACAAACAGAUAAUUAGACAAGGCAGCGAUGUGAUAGCCCACACAAACAAUGUAUUGAAAUACGCCGUACGCGGUUAGCAGUGGCAUGCUUCAAAUGUCUUACUUUUUUUUUUACUUGCCAUGGCCUUGUAAUGGUGGUUUUUGAUUUCUGCAAAUGUCAUACUCAGAGAAUGGCACAUUUACACUUUGUGCUGGCUUGACAAAAACACUAACCCAACAAAUGAAAAGCGCGUUAUUACUUUUUCGUCUGCCGCGAUGUGUCUUAUCCCUAAAGUACUGUAUACCAAAGCCAGCGGCAUAUAAAAAAAAGGUAAUCCACCGCUGACUUCGGUAUGCAGUCUCCUCAAGAGCUAAAACCUUUGGCUGAAACAUCAGGACCAGUCUUAACUGCCAUACAACAAAUAAAUGCUAGAAAUUAUAGACACUUUGUAACCGUACGAUGUUGUGAAAAGGUGACAUCUAUAUUACUAUAUUUAGUUCCUAUAAGCAUUUCGGAAAUUCCCAUGAUUUCAAUAGUGUUCGGAAGUCUUUGAAAUUUACAGCCGAUCAUGUUAAUGAGGCUUUGAAGCUUAUUGAUAUUUAAUGCAUUUAUAUCCGAGUCCAUGUAACGGAUGAUUUUAUGCCACUGAUCUUUAGAGAUGAGUUGCCAACUGCAAUGUUGCCAGCAGACCCUGUAUUACGAAACUUGUGGUUAGAUGCAGAUAUAAUAUGGUGUGAAAUGCAAAUAUACCAUCCAAAAGUCGGGUACUCUGUGCCGUAAACGUUGCACGUUUCCGUGACCCAUAACUAAAUAUGUACUUACUUUUCUUUCAAGUCAAAGUUAAAUGGUUAUGGGCACAUCAGAACUUCAGAGAUGUACCAGUAACAUUUAUAUGACUAUACCCUCCCGCUUCAGCAUUGCCACGAAUACGCUAAUGCCUAUCAAAUGACAAGUGCACACUCGCGGUUUUGAAUGCGCGAUGACGAAUAUUAUGAGUAUCCGUCUUUAGGAUUGCAAUUGUCGCAAUAAAAGCAAGAUUUUUCUUCAUGCAGGGUCUGUAAAGCGUUGAAGAAUCAAGCUUGACAGCUCGUCUCCAAAGUCCGUGGCGCCGAUUCCUGAAGUGCUUACUCAAAAGUUUGCGUUGUCGAUAUCGUUGCCAGUUUGUUGUGAUAGUUUCUUGCCACCGGGACUAAAAACAUUUUGUUCUUAUUAUGGGAUUAGCGAUAUUGCCCUGUUAAUUUUAAAACAAUUUUACGAAAUCGUCCAAUGCUACAUCUUCGUCCUUUUUAAGACUUGUACUUAGUACACUAAAAGCCUCGUCACGGACUAAAGAUGCCCAAAACUGACAACUCUGUAUGGCCCAAGCGACGAGCGAGCACGUACCGCGGCUUAUUCCGUGUAUCCGCCAUAAAACAACCACCCUAGGGUGUAUGCUUGGUAACGUAUCCGCCUAUCCGCCCUAGAAGGUAGAUUAACAGAAUUUGCAUGUAGAAUAAACUAAAAUGUAGUUCUGCAACUAGGAGUUCUGGGGGAAAAUCGAAAGAUAAUAAUUUACAGAUUUCUUCAGAUUAACGGAAUCUGUAAAUGGAUGUUUUGGUGGAUUCUAAAAUGGGUAGACGGAUAUACAUACAUCCGAGUAUACAUCCUAAGGUGGGUGUUUUAGGGUGGAUAACGAAGUAAGCCUGUACCGCGGCCUUCGAUAGACGAGGCUUAUUUUCGUAUACAUUUGUAUCAUAGAUUGCUCUUUGGACACAUUUAUCGUUUACAACGCUACUGGAUCCCCGCUUCGCUCGCCGCUUGGGCCCCUGUCUUAUAUCGAUUAGGUUGUGUAGGUAAAUUUUGAGAUGUAAUGUAAAGUAAGUGUUUGUAGCGGUUUUCGGCAAGUUGUAUAUUACAUUGAGAAAUCAUUAUCAAAGUAAUUUAUUGUCCUCAAGUUAUUGUCUCCAUCCACAUUCGAACAAUAAUCGGUAACGUGUAUAUUUCGUCUCCUGUGUAGUGUGAGAGCGCGGUAGAGUUAGUGGCCCGACGGGUGAAGUGAUUAUCAUAAUAUAGGAGGGUAGUUGCGUGUUGCUAUCGCGUUAGGGAUCGUCCACAUGGCGCGUUUCGAUCUCGAUCGAAGCGCCAUAGUCUAUAGCUCACCUAAUGUAUAUUCCAUCCUCUUAGUGAAUUAAUCGAUAAGUACACUUAAUGAGUACACAAAUAGAAGUUAAAGGCGCCUCGUUAUUUACUAGAGUUUGUAAGUAUCACUCCGCGUACGUACAUCGUAGCCCGCCACUUGCCUCCAUUCCUGUACACUGUGCUGUAUAUUAACAUUUACUUGUAAGUACAUAAUUUAUAUUAUUAAAUAUAAAAUUUAUCAAAAAAAAAAAAUAUUCAGCCGUUUUUAACUAUGCACUGGUGAAUUAAUACCGAUUCGUAGUUUAACUCGUAAGCCUCGACUGACGUCAUGUUUUGCCCCACGUUCACUGUAUCGAAUGCUUGUUAGACUGUCGUACUUAAACAUUCCAUUUUUGCAUUACAUUUAUCGUUCUACCGGACAUGGCGUAGGUUUUAAGUUAGAUUUUAUAGACAGACGCGACUUAAGUAUUUGCAUUUGUAAACUUUUGACAGUAACCUAGAACAGUUCGCAAGCGACCCGGCCUCGACUAGGACAGCUCGAUGUGUAGUCGACGUUAAUGGAAUCUAAAGGAAAAUUAAAUAAAACGUUUUCAUAUAUUGUAGGAUGUCUUUGAAACUCUCGAUGUGCUUUUGUCCUGUAGUUUUGGUAGAGCACGGGCAAAGAUAGAACGGUCGGAGUGAGGGACGCGGACGGUAGUCAGGGUGUACUACGCAUACGCAUCGGAACGAUAUGUGCUAAGGCGUAUCGCUCGCUGCCAAGUCGAGGCGGUGCAGGCGCAGUGCUGGCGUGAUGACCCAUGACCCAUGAGUGAUUUCACUCAUUCAACAUGUGCGAGACAAAAUAACAAAAUGUGCUGACGUAACUUCUGGCAAUGAACGUUAUUACGUCUUGAUUAUAUUAAAAAAAUAUCUAGAGGAGGAGAGCCUCAUAAAACCUACGCCGCGCCGCCGUCUCGACUCUUGUGAGCGAUACGCCUAAAGCGCUCUAUUGACGGUCCUUCAAGCUGUCUCUCUCGCGAAGAUGACCCACGAUACACAAUGACAAACUGCAAUGAAUAGGCUUGAUCGACAGUGGAUGAUAAUUUUAUACAGCUGUCCAGUCUAUCCAUUGUCGUUUUUUAUCGCGCAUCCUGGGCCACUUUGGCGGGAUGCACAGGUUGAAGGACCGUGAGUAGUGCGCUUUAGGGUCCUAGGCUUAGGCUAAUAGUGACCUUCAAACAGUGUCUCGUAGGUCCUAAUUUAAUUUUUGUUUAGAAAUUAAGCUGACCAUGUGCUGUGCUUUUGUUUUAAAUGAUAGUUUUUAGAUAAAUGAAAUUGUUUUAUAUUAUUAUUAAUUAAUUAAUUAAUUAUUAUUUUACAUUUGCGUAGUAUCAUUUCGUAUUUAUUGCAGUCAAUUCGAUGAGCUUUUACAUGUUUUAUGUAAGUAUAGUAGUUUUUGUAUUAUUGCAUUCAUGUUUAGAAUAGACACGAGGUCGUUGUUUUGCCGUCUUACGAUUGUGUAAAAUAAUUCUAGAUCACAAAUCAAAAUAAUGUAUUUCGAUUUCUUUUUAUUGUGAUAAGCGAAUAGUUUAGGCAGCUACUUGGUAGCAUAGAUGGUUGCGUAUUCAUUAUUGUAAACAUUAUUAAUAAAGAGAUUUUAAUAUUUAAAUACAAAAAUAGUUCACUUCUAGUGGAAAUAUUUUUGCCAAGUAGCGGAUUCGAGUCAACCAUCGCUGUCAUUAUCAAUAAAUGUAUAAUAAAAUAUUUUGUUUUAUUUACU